AUGGGCGGCGGCAAGACGGUGGGGUGCUGCUCGAGCAAGACGAACUCGCCCGAGGGAGACCCGAGGUCGGAUACGAUCGAACCGGACGAGGAUUCGGUUCGACGAAAAGGCUUCGAGCGCGACUCGUUUCGCGCCCUCUCGGGCGCGGACGCUUCGCCGCUCUCUUCCCCGCCGAGUAGUCCACCCCGGAGUCCUCCGCGUAGCCCUACUUCUAGCCUUAGAACGAGCUCGGAUGUGGAAAGCCCCGGCGGCAGGAUGAAGUCCGCGAGCGCGAAAGCGAGAGCCGCGGGCGCGUUCGCGAGCCUCUCGGACCACGACCGCGCGAGCGUUCCUUCCUCGCGCGAAGGCAGCAUCGCGGGGGCUUCCCCGCUCGCGUCCCCGCUCGCGUCCCCGCCUCCGAGCCCCGCGCGCAGCGUGGACAGCGCCGCCGCGAUCGCCGCGCUGAAGUCCGCGAGCGGCAAGAAGAAAUCAGCGGGCAUAAAGGCGAGGGCGCUCGCGCUGUUGGGGCGAAGUAAGAAGACGAUCCUCGUCGACGAGCCGCCCCCGCCGGAGCCGGAGCCGGAAACGCGGGAACCCGACCCGCGUGAUUCCUUCGCUCACGACGCGCGAGCUUCCGCCAGCACGUAUCCUCCGGAUUUCAUGGUCGUGCCCGCCGCGCUCGGCGGCGCCGCUUUCGCCGGCGAGCUCCUGUCCUUGCGCGCGGCGCUGAGCGAAAAGGAGUUGGAAACGUUGGAGCUCCGCAGGGCGCACGCGGACGCCGCGGAGCGAACGUCGGAGGCGAGGCGAGAGAGCAGAAAGUCCGCGAGCGCGCGCGUGGACGCGAUGAAGCACAUGCACGCGGCGAUGUCGGCGCGAGACGACGCGCUCGCGGCGGCGAAGGACGCGACGCAGAGAUCGGAGAGGUUACGAGCAGAGCUCGUCGCCGCGAGGAAAGGCGCGAGGGCGGCGAAAGACGCGGCGGAGAGAUACAAACUCGAGCUCGACGAGACGCGGACGCGCGUGAGGGACGCGGAGAGACUGAGCGCGGAGCUGAAGUCCGCGCGCGGGGCGGCGACGGCGAACAGACUCGCCGCUCUGGAACACAGGAGGAAUUACGAACUCGCGAUCGAACGCGCGACGAACGCGGAGAAGGCGGCGGCGCGAGCGAAAAAUGACGCGGCGAUCGCGCGGAACGAACGAAACGUCGCGCGGUGCUCGUCCGUGGACAAAGACAGCUCCGAGUCGACGCGCUUGAAGGGCGAGCUCGAUGCACUUCGCAAGGAGAUGGAGGACGUUCGCGAGAAAGCCGCGCGGGCGACGGCGAGGGCGGAAUGCGAAGCGACCGCGGCGAGGGUCGCGCGCGACAAGGCGCGAGAAGACGCCGAGAGGGCGGCGGCGGAUGAAAACGCGCGCGCCGCCGCCGCCGCGGCGAGCGCGGAGGCGCAGUCGGACAUCGAUAAAGUGCGUGCGGACGCGCAGUCGGUCAUCGGUAAAGUGCGCGCCGACGCUGACGCUGCCAUCGCGAAAGCGAACGCGGAGAAGGAAAAGGUGGAGGCGGAGGCGCGAGAACGCGCGGAGGUGUCGCGGACGGCGCAGUCGAAAAUCGCGGAUCUCGCGCGCGCGCAAGACGUCCUGAAAGUUCGAACGGAGCAGCUUUUGGAGCGCGUGGAGGAGACGAAACGACACGCGCAGUCGCGUGCGGCCGCGGCCGCGCGUCACAAGGCGACCGCGCGCGACCUUCGUCGGCAGCUCGACGAAUCCGAGACGCGGCUUCGAGCGGCGAAGACGCACAUGGAAGCGGACGCGCGCAGGGAAGCGGAGCGAGAACUGAGGGAGAUCAGCGCGAACGUCGGGGUGAUCGCGAGCGCGUCGCCUUCGCCUUCGCCUCGACCCGCGUCGCCGCCCCCGCGGCCGCCGCAGUCGCCGGUUACAGACGCAGCAUCGCCGUCGGUGGCGAUGACGACAGUGCACGAGGUGGACGAGAAGCAUCGAGACGCGGGGGGGAGGGCGUUCGCGAGGGACGCGCUCGACGCCACGGACGCGGGCGUCGUCGAGGAAGCGACUGCGGUGCUCUCCGCCGCGCUUAGGCGGUGCGUCGAAGCUAACGUGGACUCGGGUGCGGACGUGUUUAAGCAGUGGAUGAUCACCGGGAACGACGAUGACGCCAGCGCCGCGUCCGCGCUGCUCGCGGUCGCGCACUGCGCCGCGGGGGCUCUCGUGACCGCGAGCGCAAAGGCUGAGGAGUUCGAAGACGCGCUCGCGGCGUGCGAGAGCGAGAGGGACGCGUUGACAGCCGCGGCGGCGGGUUGGGAAGACGCGGCGGUCAAGGCGGAUGCCGCCUGCGUGGCUUCUCGACAGGAGUUGCGAGUAGUACGCGCGACCGCGGCUGCGGCGGACGAACGCGCGGAUAUGGGCGGAACAGAGCUGCGAGCGACGCAACGGCAACUCCGCGACGCGGAGGAGCAAAUCGCGAAGCUGGACGAAGUUCUGCGGCGGAUGCACGCGAGAAGUUUAGGUCCAGGGUCCGCGCGGGACGAGAGUGGAGAGCGCGUCGUUCGAAGAGCGAGAUGAUGAGCGUGCACAUUGCUGCUAGUUCUUUCACAAUCGCCCCGUGUUAACUAUUCGUUCACUUGUCGGCGGCGGCGGCGGCGCGUAAUUCGUUCACCCGGACAACCCGGUGUUCUUCUCUGAGCUCCUGUUCGAAUGAGAAGACGGAUCGAGUUCGUGGAGAGCACCGGUGAUGGUAGCCCAGUUUGGGUCCGUCCGAACCACCGGCUCAGGCUGAGUCGCCUCGACUACUUCUUCGUCAUCUUCGUCCUCUGACGACUCGUCGAGGAAGUAUCUCUUUCGCUUCGCCGCCGAGACGUGUUUCACCGCGCCGGCGGUUUCGGAUACGCCUUGCUGAUGGGGUGGCUUCGGUGGAGACGCCACCGGCACGACUGGCGUGUCCUCCGACUCGUCCCGCACGACAAUCGCCGCGUCGUCUUUAACCUCAGCCUCCUCUUCAUCCUCAUAAGUCUCGGGGACGUGCUUAGUGAACGUCUUUAUCUCGUCCAAGUCCUCGUGCGCCUCUUCCUCGUCCUUCGCGCCGCUGAGUUCUACCACCUCCCGACGAGCCGGCUCCUCUUUCUUCUUGGCGCCGUAAAAAUCUGCGGCGCUCGCGCCGCCUCCCACCUCUGCUCGCCCGAGCUUAUUCCCUUGCCCACUGAACCACCGACGUUCUUCUUUGUUGGCAACCAUCUCGACAGCCGCUCGCUCAAAUCCCUUCGACUCCCGUUCCUUUUUCAGCUUU